AUGGGUCUCUCCAAGACCAACAGGAUCAUAAUCCUGUUGGUGAUUGACACCGCGUUUUUCCUGCUGGAACUGAUCGCAGGUUAUUCCGUCCACUCCCUUGCCCUCGUCGCCGACUCCUUUCAUAUGCUUAACGAUGUGAUCUCUUUGAUCGUUGGACUAUGGGCUGUCAAGGUCGCCAACCGCGAAACGUCUUCCAAGAUGUACACCUACGGGUGGCAACGCGCCGAAACGCUCGGUGCGCUCGUCAACGGUGUAUUCCUCGUCGCUCUUUGCUUGUCCAUCUUCCUCGAAGCGAUACAAAGAUUGGUGGAACCGCAGGAGGUGAAGAACCCGAAACUGGUCUGCUUCGUGGGGUGCGCUGGACUGCUGUCGAACAUUCUUGGUCUUGUCCUUUUCCAUGACCAUUCCCACGGCGGCCACGGCCAUAGCCACGGCCACUCGCAUGAUAUUGAGACCGCAGAAGAAGUUGAUGCUGCGGAACAUGGCCAUAGUAAUGUUGAUCAAACGCGCGCCGAGCAGAGCACUGCUGGCAACAUCGCUGAACCUACAGCCACAUACUCCCGACGCCGGGCCCUUGAUAGCCAGCACCGCAGCGCGCGCCGAUACAGCACCCCUACCCGUGGUUUGGAGGACAUUGCCACUCACCCUGCUAGCAUGAGACAAGAUAUUAUCCUCGCCGCCAACAGAAAUCAGUAUCCCGAUGAUGACGAGAGCUUUGAUUCGGAUAGUGGACGGGUUGACCUUGGCCCCACGGAGCGCUCGACAUUGCUGGGUAACAAGGAUCGCGCUUCAAACUAUACCGACGAAAACACUCCCACCCGCGACCGUCCUACUACAGCCAUCAGAGACCCUCAUGAGUCGCACAACCAUGCGCAGCCCAAACCGAAGCACCAGAAGCAUGGCCAUGGCCACGAUCUCAACAUGCGGGGUGUCUUCUUGCACGUCAUGGGUGAUGCGUUGGGCAACAUCGGUGUCAUUCUUUCCGCGCUCGUCAUCUGGUUGACCGAUUAUUCUUGGAGAUUCUACGUGGACCCUGGUAUCUCGCUCGUGAUUACUGUCAUCAUUCUUCUCUCGGCGAUCCCUCUCUGCAAGGCCGCUUCUCGGAUUCUGCUGCAGGCAGUUCCCCAUGGUGUGAGCAUCGAUCACAUCAAGGAGGAUAUUGAACGUCUUCCUGGUGUUAUCGGCUCCCACCAUCUUCACGUCUGGCAACUGAGCGAUACCAAGACCGUUGCUUCCAUUCACAUCCAAGUGGACACCGAGAUCAAGGGUGAAGGCUCCGAGCGCUACAUGCACCUUGCCAAGCAAGUAAGGCAGUGCCUGCACGCAUAUGGCAUCCAUUCAUCCACCAUCCAGCCGGAGUUUGUCCGCGACAGCGACACCGAAGAUAACCAUCCCCUAUCCCAAUCGCACGGGCGCAACACAAACCCCUCAUCAGCCAUCUCCAGCCGCACACCCAGCGUCCGCGACGGAGACCCUCAAGCGUGUCUGCUAGAGUGCGACGACGACUGCACAGGCAAGCACUGCUGCCCGAAGCCCGGUACUUAA